CUGAUAGGUGGCACUGAUUGGCAGCACUGAUAGGUGGCACUGAUUGGCAUUGAUAGGUGUCACUGACUGGCACUGAUGGGUGACAUUGAAAGGCAGCUCAGAUGGGCACUGAUAUGUGGCAUUGAUGUGCACUGAUGGGCACUGGCACGUGGCACUGAUGAGCACUGACAGGUGGCACUUCUGGGGCCACACUGAUCAUCAGGGCAAACUGAUCAUCAGUGCCCUGCGGCUCUCCUCUCGAGCUGUCAGCGUGACAGCUCGAGAGGAGAGAAAUGCCGAUAACCGGCAUUUCCGCGUUUACAUG